UAUUUGCAAGCAUGAAGAAGAAGAUGUUGGCUUUUAAGAAUAUAUCGUCGAGCAAAGGGGCAUCGAAUCUCCUCUGUACAUUCUGUAUUUUCACUUCAGUCUGUUUGAACAACCUGGUUUGUGGUUCUUUUCCCAAAGCGCAAAAUGUCUCUUGGGUUUCUUUCAAUUUCAAGACACUUUUAACGUGGACUCCAAAACCUACCAAUUAUUCAUAUACCGUGGAGUUUUCCCCUAUUGGCAAGGACAAAGAAAGAAAUCCUCACUGCAUCAGGAGUAUGGAGACUGAAUGUGAUCUCACCGCAGACCUCAAAGACUUAAAGGCCACAUACAGAGCAGAUGUCCUGUCAGAGCCAAUGCGUGACGAGACAACUGAUUUGAUAGAAUUUCCUUACACCACUUCAGGCAAUUUCUGCCCCUACGAAGACACUAUCAUUGGUAAACCCGAGUUUAAAAUUGAGGUGAGCAAAGACCACAGAAAGAUCACGCUCUACGUCACAGACAUUCUCACCGCUAUCUUCAAUGAGGAGAACCAGCGACUGAGCAUUCGGGAUAUUUUUAAAGAUGACUUGCAAUAUAAAGUGACAUACAGGCGAGCAGAGAGCACAGGAAAGAAAACAGAAUACAGUAAGAGCAAUACCAUUGAACUGAAUAAUCUGGACCGAGGAGAGAGCUACUGCUUUACCGUACAGGCUUACAUCCCCUCUCGCAGCCAGGACAAGCAGCUGGGGGAGCCCGCUAGGGAUCAGUGUUCUCCUGGAGAUAAGACCAUUCUUGAAGAGUACAGCCUUUCUGCGAUUGUUGGUGCCAUUGCAAUCAUUAUACUGGUCAUAGCGGUGGUGGUGACCGUUAUCGUGGUGUGCUGCAAACGUAGACAGAGAGCAAAGAAUGGAGAAAAGGAAGCAAUGCCUUUAAGCGGUGUGUGAGACGUACAAUGCUUUUUUUUUUUUUCACCCUCCGACACACAAAAAACUUUUGGGAAUACAUGGUACCACUGGCCUGGAGCCCCCUUUUAAAGGGGGUGGAGUUCAGAAUCACAGGUUCAGCAUUCCUCUGUAAAACACUGGAGUCCUCCUUUUUUGUUUCUGUGAAACCGCAUAAUAGAUAUGUUGGACAUAUGGGUUACUGUCUAAUGCUGCAAUUUGCCUUUAACUCUUUUUUGGUGACUGGUACUUUUAAUAGCUGGCAAAAUGUACUGUUU